CUCCUUUUUUAUCUGUUUUCCCCUCUAUAUUUUUAGGGUUUCUGAUCUCUCAUUCACUCCCAAACGGCAGAUUAGGGUGCGAAGGAUUCUCUGCAACUCACAGUAAUAAACUCAAAGACCAGGUUUCGAAGAAAUAUUCUGAAUUCUUUUCAGCAGUCGAGAAUCAUGGAGGCUGAUUCUUGGAGUGGUCGUCUUUCUGCCGCCUCAAAACGUUAUCAAGCAGCUCUCCAAUCGCGUUCCGAUCUUUACAUGGGGUUUGAAGAGAUCGAUGGAGAUGAAGAUUCACGAGCAGAGUUUCCCUGUCCGUUCUGUUCGGAGGACUUUGAUAUUGUUGGAUUGUGCUGUCAUAUUGAUGACGAGCAUCCACUCGAGGCGAAGAAUGGGGUAUGCCCAGUUUGUGCAAUGAGGGUAGGAAUGGACAUGGUUGGACACAUAACUACGCAACAUGGACACUUUUUUAAGAUGCAGCGUAAGAGGAGAUAUCGUAAAGGGGGAUCUCAUUCAACCCUUUCGUUGUUAAGAAAAGAGCUGCGAGAAGGGAAUUUACAAUCCCUUCUUGGGGGUUCUUCUUUUGCAGUUUCUUCCUCCAAUACAGCACCCGACCCAUUGCUCUCCUCGUUUAUCUACAAUAUGCAAAUUAGUGAUGAAUCGGAAAGUGUACAGCCUCAUUCUUCAGCUAAAGCAAGCUCUGCCAAGAAAAGCUCAGAGGAGACAUUGGUAGAAAGAAGUGUCCAAUCAUCACCUCCCCUAUCGGACAAAGAACAAGAGGAGAAGGCUCAGAGAUGCAAGUUUGUACAGGGGCUGCUUCUGUCCACGAUUCUUGAUGAUGAUUUAUGAAUUACUCUAUGGCAGCCAAGUCACUGAGUUUUAGGUCGGCACUCAAUAGGUCCACCAUUAAUGGUGUGUAUUUGGUCGAUGUGCCUAAUUUGUAGUACAGGGAUAGAUAUAAGAGAGAGCAUGGAAUGUAAUCUAUUUAUAAGUGGUAGUAAGCAUAAUGGACUCUCAUUCCCCUGUUCAAUCGAAAGUUAGUGUGCAUAAAGGAAAGAAAAACCAACUCAAUCUUGUGUAUGUCAUUUCUUUUCUGAACUUUGCAGGUAAUAAAAUUGCAUAUUAACUUGGUAUUACG